AUUAUUGUGCGACUGUCCCGGAAGAGACGUGGCAUAGCAGGGAAGUCAACAACAGCGGACUUCAGCACAAUACGAUACACAUUUCAAAGUGUUCAUCCACAAAACCUGUCCAUAAGAAAGGCUUGGGGUCCGCUGUCAACGCCCUCAAUUCAGAUCAGACCAUGGGUCUGUGCAAAUGCCCAAAGAGAAAAGUGACCAACCUCUUCUGCUUUGAACACCGAGUCAAUGUGUGUGAACACUGCCUGGUCUCCAACCACAACAAGUGCAUUGUGCAGUCUUAUCUUCAGUGGCUCCAGGACAGUGAUUACAACCCUAACUGUCAGCUCUGCAGCACCCCACUGGCUGCCCAGGAUACUGUCAGACUGGUGUGUUACGAUGUGUUCCACUGGUCGUGUUUGAACGAGCUGGCGACCCGCCUGCCCUUGCACACCGCCCCUGCUGGCUACCAGUGCCCCUCCUGCCAGGGCCCCGUGUUUCCCCCCUCCAACCUCGCCAGCCCCGUAGCCGAUGUGCUCAGGGAGCGCCUCUCGUCUGUCAACUGGGCCCGAGCAGGACUGGGCAUGCCGCUGAUUGAGGAAACAAUCGAGGAACAAGAAAACGCAUCGCAAGAUGUCACUGACUACAACAACUGGUCCUCGUUUGACACUCCUCCACUGCAGGCAGUGGAUGCUCAUCCCAUCCAGUCCUACAAUCCUGACCCAGGACCCCCUCCAGCACCCACUGAGCUGGAUUUUGGAGUUACCCAUGACAACGGCGGUCUAGUGGCACAGACUCACCCUGUGGUCAGUGUGAGCAUUCCCACGGCCAACGAUUCCAUCACCAUUCACACAGCCUCCUCUCCCAGGAAGGUCUACGACACCCGAGACUCGGGACACUCCUCCGUCACGCAGAUCGACUUUGAUGACGACAAGUACCGUCGCCGGCCAGCGCUCAGCUGGUUUGCACAGAUACUCAAAAACCGAUCGGGUUCAAAGCGGACAGCUCUGACACUGAAGCAGCGGGUUCUCCUUGUUCUCCUGCUGGGAAUUCUGGGAUUCUUCACCCUGAUCAUCAUCAUGGCAAAGCUGGGAAGAGGCUCAGCGGACUCCGACCCAAACCUGGACCCCCUGCUCAAUCCGCACAUCCGUGUGGGGAAUUAAAAGUCUCCUCUGCGUAUAACCCCAGGGCGGGUUACAGAGAAAACAAGCUGAAAUACAUAAUAGAAACACAGGUUUAUGAUGCAAAGGUUAUGUCUAGACUGGGACCAAGGGGAGCAGAUAUAACUCAACUCUUGGACAUCAAGGGAGCACAUAUCCCUCUUUUGUUUUGCCCAACGAAUCCCCUUUUCACCCUCUUUACAGCAGCACUAAGAAGCCAAAAUUAUAUAUUUUGUUAAGCGUUGUAUUUACCACUCUGUUUCAAUACACUUGCUUAUUAGUACAUCCAAAUGACUGUCUAUUACAGUCGCAGGCUGAUUGCAUGGGCUAAUGCAGCCCCACUGCAAGCAGAACAUGCUGUCCCCUGACUCUGUUUUUCAAAUUCUUUUAUGUUAUACCCUUCAGGGGGAAAACCCUCAUUACGAGUUCACAUAGUCUGGCUGAAUCCUUUGUUUCUGCAUUCCAAAUAAUUUUAGCACUGGUCAGUGGGUGGAUGGUUCAUCCAGAAGUGGGGAGAGGACAGGUAGAUCUGUUCGUGUGCUUAGUGUGCGGAAUUUUGAUUUUGUAUAUGUGUAUAAAGGGUUGUGUGCUCACAGAACAAAUUUUCUUCCUAUAAUUGACUCCUGGUUGUACACAGAGGUUGUUACAUGCAUAACAACCCCAUUUACUGGAUAUCCACUGUUACUGUAUAAUAAAUGGGUUGAUCUCACUUAGGCAUUACUGGAAUUCAAAAUGUUUUAAUAAUUCCGUAGAAAAUACAGUGUAGAAAAAGUUUAAAUAAUGAAUAUAUGCUUAGAACAGUUAAAAGCUGUGCAGAAGAUUCAAGAAAUGAAUUGUCAAUGAGAAAGUAAAAAGAAUUAUCAUAAUAUAUUGAAACACGGCAGGGUAUAUUUUAUUAUAUAUAAAACGUGUAUAUACAUGCGUACAGACAGACGGACAUGCCUAUGAGCUCAGCUGUUUAAUCAGUUUCAGUAACUAUUUAAAAUUGAUUCUAAUGACACUAAUCAAACCUUUUGUUCAAUUUGUUUGCUUUUUUUGUUUAAUAUUUGUGUUGUGAAAUUGAUUUCAGGUUGGACGGUGCAAGACGUCUUUGCAAAUAUCCUUGAUCUUGACAAAUAUCCUUAUAGUUAAGGAUUUUAGAUGAGUGAUCAAUAGAAUGGUAUUCCUAAGCAAUUGGUCAAUAAUAUGAGGUGGUUGUUGGUCCCUUUUACUGGCUGAUAUGAAAAUGAAUCAGUUAAUGUAUUGGUUAUUUCCUAAAAAGAAUUGCAUUUCUUUUGUGUACAUAAUGGAUUGCCAAGCUUAUUUUCUCAUAUGUUCAUUGUGAGAUCUUUCCCCUAUAAAGAUACAUUUUCCAUUG